AUGGAGGAGCAGGAAUUCUCCAUCUUGACCCCCAACGCCAUGCUCGGCUACGGGUAUCGAGCAGACCACUUCUGGUACGGAAUUGAAACGUACAAGCCAGAAGCCAUCAUUGUCGAUAGCGGGUCGACCGACGGCGGACCUUACAAGCUUGGCAUGAACAAGAUGACCUGUGGGCGCGAGGCGUAUAUCCGAGAUUUGACGCCCAUGCUCGAGGCGUGCUUCCACCACAAGAUCAAGGUCUUGAUUGGCUCUGUUGGCGGCGAUGGAAGCAACUCUCACGUGCAGGAGAUGCUUGGGAUUAUCAAGGAAAUUUCAGCCGACAAGGGAUUCUCGUUCAAGAUUGCCACCAUUUCUCACGACAUCUCGCCUGACCUGGUCAAGCACCGCAUCGACGAGGGCAAGUGCUAUCCCUGUGGUCCGCUAGCAGAUCUGUCCAAGGAUGAUGUCGACAAUGCAGUCAAUUUUGUUGCCCAGAUGGGUGCUGAACCGUUCAUCAAGGCGUUGGAGGAGGACCCGGACAUUAUCCUCGGCGGACGCUCCUAUGACCCUGCGCCAUUCGCCGGGUACUGUCUGUCCAAGGGGGUCUCCGCAGGAACCGCUUGGCACAUGGGAAAGAUUAUGGAGUGUGGAGGAAUCUGCUCCGUGCCCAAAGGCCGUUCGAUGAUUGCUACCAUGCGGAAGACUUCAUUUGACCUGGUGCCCCUGAACCCGAUUGAGCGAUGCACGCCUCUGUCUGUGGCCGCUCACACCCUGUACGAAAAGACUCGCCCGGAUAAACUCCCUGGUCCCGGUGGUGUUCUGCAUCUGGAUGACGCGAGCUACGAGCAACUGGCCGAUGACCGAACCGUCCGUGUCUCCGGGGCCAAGUUUGUGCCGACUCCAGUCUACCAAAUCAAGCUCGAAGGAGUCCAAAGACUUGGCCACCGCACCAUCUUCAUUGGUGGUGUGCGGGACCCUAUCCUCAUCUCGCAGAUCAACGAGUUCCUGCAGUCCGUUAGGGAGUAUUCCCAAGGCCUCUAUCCUGAUCUCGACCAGAGCGACAACUGCCGUCUAAUCUACCACGUCUACGGUAACAAUGCCGUCAUGGGGCCGUUGGAGGCGACCUCAUCUGACGUUCACGAGAUUGGCGUCAUGGGCGAAGUUGUUGCUCAGACACGCGAGAAGUCGUAUGCCAUUGCGAACAACGUCCGCACGUCGCUGCUUCACAUGCCUUAUGAAGGUCAACUGGCGACCACUGGCAACUUUGCGUCCCCGCUGUCUCCUCAUGAACAGGACGCAGGAGAGGUAUUCAAGUUCAGUCUCUACCACUUGAUUGAUUUAGAGCAGGGCCAGGAGACGUCCCUGUUCCCCGUGACCCACCUACAGGUCCAAGGCGAGACGCAGCGCAGCAGUGAAGGAUCACGGCUAAGCGAAAAGGAGUGGCGGUUCUUCAAGGAGACCACACCGCAGCUACUUACACAAAAGAAGGCACCUGAAGGAGAGGCCGACAUGAUGGCUCUGGCCAAGGUGAUCCGCUCCAAGAACUCGGGUCCCUUCGAGUUGACGCUGGACAUCAUGUUCGACAACAAGGAGUCGUACGAGCGAGUAAAGGCUGCUAAUAUCCUGGGCAACGAAGUCAUCAAGCGGCUAUACAAGGUCGAGGAUCAAGAUAUCCUCGUUAACAUGUUCUUUGAUCCGGCAUUUGCAUGGAAAUGUACCCUGAAGAGACCUUGGGCACAGGGCAGCAUUGGCGAGAGGGAUACGCUGGGAACACAGCAGCACGCCCCUCUGCUGAGGAUUAGAGUCCCUGCAGCGAUUAACUGA